CUAAGCAUAAAAAAGCAUAACAUCAUCUUUAAUUGUUACUUCAUGAAGAUGUCUAAUGAAUCGAGUUUCUUAGCCUCACUACCACUGUUACUGCUUCUUCUCAGCUUCCUAAUGGCUUCCUUCUUCGACACGGCAGCUGGACAAAUUGGAGUAUGCUACGGGAGAAAUGGAAACAACCUGCCACGUGCGUCAGACGUGGUAUCACUUUUCCGGCAGAGGAACAUCCGGAGGAUGAGAAUUUACGACCCAAACCAAGAGACUCUCGCCGCUCUUCGUGGCUCCAACAUCGAGCUUAUCCUCGAUGUUCCCAACACAGAUCUCCAGACUGUCGCCUCCAGCCAAGCAGGAGCCGACAAAUGGGUCCAAGACAACGUCAGAAACUAUGCAAACGGUGUCAGAUUCCGCUACAUUUCUGUCGGGAACGAGGUUCAACCAUCAGACACACGCGCUAGGUAUGUCCUCCCUGCGAUGCAGAACAUCGAGAGAGCAGUGUCAGGUCUAGGGAUCAAAGUCUCCACAGCGAUAGACACCAAAGGCAUUACAGGUUUCCCGCCUUCGAACGGUGCGUUCACACCGGAAUUUAGGAACUUUAUCGCGCCGGUGAUAGCUUUCUUGGCAAGCAAGCAAUCUCCUCUGCUCGUGAAUAUAUACCCUUAUUUCAGUCACAUUAACAACAUGAGAGACAUCCAUUUAGACUACGCUCUGCUUACACCGUCUACUGUUGUCAACGACGGGCAAUUCUCGUACCGAAACCUCUUCCACGCACAACUAGACACUGUUUACGCAGCAUUGGAGAAAACGGGAGGCGGAUUGGUGGAGAUCGUUGUGUCGGAGAGCGGUUGGCCGACCGCCGGAGGACCCGCGACGAGUGUGGAUAAUGCGAGAACUUAUGUGAACAACUUGAUACAAACUGUGAAGAGUGGUUCUCCGAGGAGGCCAAGGAAGGCUAUAGAGACUUAUAUAUUCGCUAUGUUCGAUGAGAAUCAAAAGGGUCCUGAUGAGUCUGAGAAGUUCUUCGGACUUUUUCUUCCGAAUCAGCAGCCUAAGUACGGAGUCAAUUUCGACUAAUAUCAUUGAAGACAGUUCAGAUAGUGAUAUGAGAUACGUGUAUGGAAUUUUUAAAGGCUUUUAUUGUAAAGGUUUUCAAAGAGUGGGAGCUUGUGUUGUAAUAAUAAGAAAUAAUGAAUUACAAUAAAUAAUAAAAGAUAUUCCCUCUAUUCAGAAUUA